CCAGCAGCAGUGAUUCCCCAUCCUCCCGGCUCCGCUUACGUCUCUGACUCCGCCUCUCCUCUGCCCUGCCUGGAGUCAGAGUCUCAGACGGUGCCCCUCUCCAGAGCAGCGGACGGAGCUCACCACCAUUCGCCGCUGCCGCUGCUUUCUGUGCUGACCUGCUGAUAUAAUGGCCUCCGAUGGUAUGGAUGAACGAUCCCCGCUGUUGUCAGCACCGAACUCGGGGAAUGUCACGCCCACCGCUCCGCCGUACCUGCAGGACCCGAACCCGAGAGCUGAAUUACCUCCGCCCUACACAGCCAUCGCCAGUCCAGAUGCAGGUGGAGUUCCUGUCAUUAACUGUCGAGUGUGCCAGUCUCUUAUAACUCUGGAUGGGAAGCUCCAUCAGCACGUGGUGAAGUGCACCGUCUGCAAUGAGGCCACGCCUAUAAAAAAUCCACCAACAGGAAAGAAGUACGUUAGAUGUCCUUGCAACUGCCUGCUUAUCUGUAAAGACACGUCUAGGAGGAUAGGAUGCCCUCGGCCCAACUGCAGACGGAUCAUCAACCUGAGUCCUGUGAUGGUGAUCCCAGAGGAGCAGCCCGCCCAGCCAGCUCUGCCCGUCCAGCCCGAGGGCAUGCGUGUGGUCUGCGGCCACUGCGGAAACACAUUCCUUGGCAGCGAUGAUGAUGAUGAUGAUGAUGAUGAUGAUGAGUGCUCCCAGUCUUCCUCAGGCCUGGCUAUUCGCAGCCCCUCUGAUCUUUUCAAGUGGAUGGAGCUCCGAUUCAAUACACUGGCCAAGUGCCCGCAUUGCAAAAAAAUAUCCUCUGUAGGCAGUGCUCUACCCAGAAGACGCUGCUGUGCCUACAUUACAGUCGGAAUGAUCUGCAUUUUCAUCGGCGUCGGUUUAACGGUUGGCACUCAGGACUUCGCCAGGCGUUACCACGCUACUUAUGUGUCCUGGGCCUUGGCGUAUCUCCUGGGCCUCAUCUGUCUGGUACGAGCCUGCUACUGGGGAACGAUUAAAGUCAGCUAUCCAGAGAACACCUUUGCGUAGACAAAGCGUCCAUCCUUCAAGUCCUUAGUGUUUGAUUUCUCUUGAUUUGAACAGGUUAACUGUUACAAGAACAUCAGAAUCCAGGGGGUUUGGGUACGUGCAGAUGUUUCAGAUUGAGUUAUUGAUUAGCUCUGAUGUACCUGUAGCUGAUUUGAACCCGCAAUAUGAUGACUUGAGGAAUUAAAGUCAAAUCAGUGAUUCAAAAACUAGACAUUAAUACAAAUAUUCCAUUCGUGGUACACCUGGAUUUGUUUUGGUGGGUGGAUAUCAAACAUAUUUUACGUACUGCAUUUUUGUUACCAACUUGACCAAAAGAGAUGAUCUUUUAUUUGCCCGUUGCACUACAAUUGUUAUGCAAUUCUUCUGUUGUGUUGCUGCUAGUUACUACAGUCGUUCUGAGCUGAGAGAUGUUGUGUGUUCAGAGAGCCUGCCUGUGGCACUGUCUGUCACGUUCAGAUAUAUUUAACUGUUCUUCAAAUCCUGUGCCAACAUUGUUUUGGUUGUUCGGUGUCCGUUAGGAGAUCUCCUGACCCAUUUCAGCUGCUCAAACUCAUGUGUGCAAGAAUCAUGUAUUUUUGUAGACUGUCCCUGGAGCUUUAAAACAAAAGUCUGGGUUCAGUGCAACUUAAGCUCAUUCAACAGUUUUUAUGUCAUGAUAUUGAUUGUUUAGCAAAAAAAUCAUUUUGACAAUAGAAACAAACAAACAAAAAAGGCACUGAUGCAGAGGAAGUGAGUGGGACCAGUUCAUAAACAUGAAAUACUCUGUCCUUCAAUAGAAUAGCAGCAAGGCAUUUAAGCAGCAAGAUUUUAUAUAAAUAAAUGAAAAAUAAUCUGAUUAGAAUGACUACAUGUAUUUAAUAAAAAAUACAGUAAGUACAGUAAUAUUAUAAAAUAUUAUUACAAUUUCAAAUAACUGUAUAUAUUUAAAAAUGUAAUUUAUUCCUGUGAGUCAAAGCUGAAUUUUGAGCAUCAUUACUCCAGUCUUCAGUGUCACACGAUCCUUCAGAAAUCAUAUCAUGACGAUUUGAAAACUUGUUGUGCUGCUUGAUAUUUUUGUGCAUUUUAUUUUUUCAUAUUUCUGUUAUGAACAGGAAGUUGAAAACUUUUAUUUAGAACAGAAUUUGUUUUAUCUUAGUCUCAUUGGUAUUAUACUAAUAUAUACUAAAUAAAUAUAAUAUAAUAUAAUAUAAAUAUAAAUACAUUUCUACUUUUAAAUACUCCAGAAUUGGCCCCAGUCACUUCCAUUCUAAGAUACUCACUGUAACAUUGAUUUUUGUUGAAAACAAGUUCGCAAAUGCUUGAUCUUAACUUGUAUUGAACCUGAAAUAUUCCUUUAAUUUAACUCACACUUUGAUCAGACACUUGGUGAAUGGGAAAUGACAUGUGCAUGAUUUUAAUUGGACUCUUUUAUACUCAGAAACAGUGUUUUGUUAGUCUGUUACUGACAGGGCACAGUGGAAGUGUUGCUCUCUGUCCUGUGUGUAGAAUGUAAACGCCCCACUGCCACCCGCCUAAGUCUACAACUCUCCACAACCCUGCUAGUAUCGCUGUAGCUUACAUUUACAGUAGGUCAGUAUUUUGUCAAGACAAAUGGAGAUAACUAUACUAUCUGAACUUGUUCUGAAUGUUAUAAGCCAGUGAAGUCCUUGUACAUAGGAAACUGAGCGCACUAGGUCUGUAGUUCAAGUUGGAAUAUGGCUUGGGUCUUUUUAAAACAAUAAUUUCUCAAUAAAAUAAUAAAAAUAUUCCUUGCCCUUUGA